AUGAACAACGUCGUUCAGUCCUCACUGACUGACGUCGAAUCUAAACUCAAUGCGCUUUUGACCACUCUCACCCACUCUCCCACUGCCGCCGGAGCUCCAGCAGCAGCAGUCGCCCUGCUCAACGCUGACGACGGAUUAUCCUCCACCAUUGAAACCCUCCGACGGCACCAAGAGAACUACGCAAAGAUCCUGAACCUACGAAGCGAGGCGGAGGAGUUAGAAACUCGUGUCAAGGGCAUUGUCGGUGAUCUUGAAAGAUUCGAUAGAGAAAUCCGCACAGCCUGCGACGACGAAAGCGACUCAGACUCGGACGCGGACGAACAAAACAACAAUCGGGGCUCCAUACGACUAUCGCGAAAAGAGAUCGAUUACCGUUUACUAUUGGACUUUGCGCGCCGCAUUAGCAAAUAUAACCACGAAGCAGCAGCUGAUGCUGCGAACGGUGCAGCAGGAAAGGGCCAAGCUACACGCCAACAGCUUCCGGACAAGGACGUGCAAAUGUCAGGGAUGAAUGGCGAUUCUAUUGCAGAUGAUGAAAAGGAACCUGUGUCUUCGGUGACCAAAAACGCCACUCGGUGGCUGGACGACUCGGCAAACGUCACGCGUGAGGUGUAUAUGAUGCCCUAUCCAAUGGAGGAUCGCAUUCGGAUGGGAUUGAUGGGACAAGUUCAGUUGGCAGCUGGCCAGGACCCGGACAAAGAGGUGGAACGAUUGAUUCGAGAGGCAGAGGGACUUGGGGUAGCAGAAGCCCCUGCGCCGGUCCCCACUACGGAUACAAGACAAGACGAGGCCGCGAAAGCUGCAGCCCAGGCUGGCUCUGUUGCUGCUAGUGCUCCACGCCCGCCACCGGCUGCUGCACCGGCUGCUGCACAUGCGCCUGCGCCGAAGCCUAAACCCAAAGGUCUUUUGGACCUCGACCUCUACGAUCCUGACGAUGACGAUGACUGA